AGGCGAACGCAACUCCAGAUUUCACAUCAGAAGCAUAAACACUUCAGAUUUUUUUGCAUUUAAUCGAAGCCAAGAAUCUUUUCUGGAGAACAUCUGAAGACCGUCUUCAGUUUUGGAAUUUUGGAAGAUUCCGAAACAUGCCGACCUGCUAUUUUUAAAUAUUUACACUACGUUCAAAAGGUAAGCGCUUCUGUUUUGCGUUGUUGCGUUGCCUCACCCCGACCGAGGGGGUCACCGAGGGGUCUCUUGCCGUCUCCGCCAUCCGGCUCUUAUCGCCAGGCUCCUCUGUUCUCAGUCAGAGAGGAAGUUUUGACAGCCAGACUUUACAGCCUCCUCUCCCCCUGCCUGCGCUUUGCACAUGCUCUGACAGAAACUCCGGUUCGGUGACUUCAUCCCUCAUUCACGAAAGCUUCCCCUCCUCCUCCUUCCCUCUCUCCCUCUCUCUCUCUCUUCGCAGUCCGGCAGCAUGCCAGCCGUUUUCCUCUUGCUGCGCUCUCUGGUUGUCAGUCUCCUUAGUAGCAGAUUAGCAGCCUCUGCCGUGCAGCUCCUUCGCAGAAGCCUCACGGCGGCUGCUGGCCACCUCGGCACCGUGCUGCGCCACAUCUGGGAGCGGAUCAGUUCCCAGGAGUCCAAGGAGGCCAUCCUGGGCUGCGUCCUGUGCAUUCUCAACAUGCACAAGAAGGUGGACAAUUAA